AGACAAGCCCCUUCUGAUAUAAAGCGAUGCCCGGGCAGGCGCUCUCGAGCAGAGGGUGUGAAGAUUCGUUGCAGAUCAUCUUUCAGAGCAUGCAGAUCAAGCAGAGCAUGGGCAGUGCGGCGAUGCUGGUGGCAGCGGCGGCGGCGGUGGUGGCGCUGCUGGCACUGGCUCCUGUGCCGGGCACGGAGGGCGCUCCGGCCAGCACGGUGAGCAACUGGACGUCGCUCAACACGUCGCAGUCGUCCGUGCAGAAAGCCAUCGUGGACCUGCACAACCAGCUGCGACGCAGUGUGAGCCCCGCGGCCAGCAACAUGCUGCAGAUGGUGUGGAACCAGGAGGCUGCCAAUAACAGCGCCGUGUGGGCCAAGUCGUGCUCCUUCAGCCACAGCCCCAACGCCAACCGCAAGACGUCGGCGUUCACCUGCGGCGAGAACCUGUUCAUCUCGAGCGCGCCCUUCACCUGGGACUACGCGGUGCGCGACUGGCACAGCGAGGUGGUCAGCCCCGGCUUCGAGUUCGGCAAGGGAGCCAAGGGGCCCGGCAUGAUCGGCCACUACACUCAGGUGGUGUGGUACAGCUCCUACCAAGUUGGCUGCGCCGUCAACUACUGCGAGGCCUCUGCCAAGUACCUUUACGUGUGCCACUACUGCCCAGCCGGCAACCUGAACACUCGACUCACGCGCCCCUACGACAGCGGCCCGGCGUGCAAGUCCUGCCCCAAGAACUGCACCAACAAGCUGUGCACCAACGCGUGCCCCUUCACCGACUCCUACUCCAACUGCGCGCUCAUGAAGAGCACGCUGGGCUGCGGCGACACGCUGUACGGCCGCAUCGUGCGCGCCUCCUGCCCCGCCUCCUGCCACACUAACCUCGUGACCCCGGCGGCGUUGGCGUUGGUGUUCAUGGCGAGCGUCGUGGCGGCGACAUCCGUCAACGACUGGAAGCUCCUGGACACGAAGCUGUCGGCGAACCGGAAGGUCAUCGUGGACGUUCACAACGAGCUGCGGCGCGGCGUGGUGCUCACUGCCAGCAACAUGCUCAAGAUGGCGUACAACGAACAGGCAGCAGAGACCAGCCGCUUGUGGGCCGCCGCCUGCAGCUUCUCGCACAGCCCCAGCAACACGCGCACCUGGAAGACGCCGCAAUGGGACUGCGGAGAGAACCUCUUCAUGUCCAGCAACCCACGGUCGUGGGACGAGGCAGUGCGCAGCUGGUACGACGAGGUCACCUCCCCCGGCUUCCAGUACGGCACGGGGGCUGUGGGGCGCGGGGCCGUGGGACACUACACUCAGGUGGCGUGGUACAAGUCCCACCAGGUGGGCUGCGCCGUCAACUACUGCCCCAACCACCCCGGCGCCCUCAAGUUCCUCUACGUGUGCCACUACUGCCCCGCAGGGAACCUGGUCACCAGGAUCAACAAACCCUACGACCUGGGGACUCCGUGCCAGGCCUGCCCCCAUAGCUGCGACAACAACCUGUGCACCAACCCGUGCCCCUACGUGGACCAGUUCAGCAACUGCCCGCAGCUGUUCAGCGCCCACGGCUGCGCGAACGACGGCUCGGGGGGAACCUUCGUGCAGACAAACUGCCCUGCCACGUGCAGCUGCACGACGGAUGUGCAGUGA